AUGUUUAACAGGUGGAAAUCGGCUAUCCUGGUAUAUGCCGUCCUGCUUUUUAUCGUGGGCACGGCGCUUUUUCACAAACUCGACAAAAACGAUUCAUUCAGCCCGCCCUCUAUAUUCAAUAACAAUGCCGCUGCCGUCGCCACCGAAGAAGGACCGGACUUUUGGGAAUGGGAGACUAAGACGCGGUUCUCUUCCAGAAAACAUGAGAAAGAUCGGAUAUGCGAAUCAUUCCCCGCCCAGAUACUGUCACAAGUUCAAAUUGUCUUGAAAAUCGGUGCUUCUGAACCGGCUGAUCGCGUGGAUACCCAAAUAUCUACGGUCACUCGCUGCAUUUCGAAUCUCCUCGUCGUCUCCGAUAUGGAAUCUGAGCUUCACGGACAUCGCGUUCAUGACGUCCUUGCGGACCUACCGGAAUCAGUUUGGACUAAUAAAGCCGAUCUCGAAGCAUACAUGGAACUCAAACAAGGCAACACCAAGGCUGUCAACGGUCAGCAGGGCUGGAACCUCGAUCGCAUGAAGUUCUUGCCCAUGGUGGAAAGGGCGUAUGAUGUUAACCCGACGGCGAAAUGGUACGUGUUCCUAGAGUCGGACACCUACUACGUCUGGGAUAAUCUCUUCCGGUUGCUGGAUCAAUACGACCCGACGGUUCCGUUGUAUUUUGGUUCCCCAUCACCGGGGAAGCCUACGGCGGAGGAAACGACGUGGUUUGCGUACGGAGGUUCUGGAUUUAUUAUUUCGACCGCUGCAAUGCAAAAGCUCGUUUAUCGAAAGACGGGAGUUUAUGGGGAAUACAUCCAGCCGUCGCUAAGUGCGCAAUAUGAGGAUAUAAUUAGGGGCACUGACUGCGGCGACACGGUGGUCGGUUGGGCAUUGUAUGAGAAAGGGGUGAAGCUAUCAGGCUUAUGGCCCAUGUUCAAUGCACAUGCCCUCCAUAGCAUUCCAUUCGACGAAAUGCACUGGUGCCGUCCAGUAAUCAGCAUGCAUAAGACGAAGUUGGCGGACAUGGAAGGGCUGAUUAGAUGGGAGAAUGAACGGGAUCGGACGUACCCCCUGUUGUACGCCGACCUCUUCAACUACACCGGAAUGGGAACAUUCGACCAUCGCUCCGACUGGGACAAUGCAGACUGGGGCGGAUGGCAAGAACCCCCCGAGUCACCAGCCCACACUUCGCUCAACGCCUGCGGUGCAGCUUGUCAUGACAAUGCAGACUGUCUCUCAUACACAUACAGUUCAACGGGACACUGUUUCUUUAUUAGAACCAUGCGGUUGGGAGACAAGAGGCCACUAAACCUUGAGGAACGACAAAUAGCUGGAUGGGACCUGCAGAAGAUGCAAAAUUGGAUUGCAAACCACCAAUGCAAAAAAGCGCAGUGGGCGAAACCGAGUCUCAGUCGGAUCUUUUAG